CAAAACCAAAUCGCAUCAACCAUCCCCCACGCUCACCAUCCCCCAGUUCUUCCGGGUGAGAGUUUAAAGAAGUCUCGCCCAAUCAUCAUCAUCAAACACACACACACACCAUCAUCCGAAGCACAUGUUCGUCGCAGCGUGGAAAGGGGAGAAGACACAAAGUUGGACGUCUUGAGACUUUGUGGUGUGAUAGGGAAUUAAGUUCGCGAUGGCUCUCGAAGCCAUCAAAUACAGCCGGGGGGAGCUGUGCAUUCUAAACCAGCUGCUGCUGCCACAUCUCACCGUGUACGAGGCGGUGAAGACCACGGAUGAUGGGUGGAACGCGAUCAAGGACAUGAAGGUACGCGGCGCUCCAGCCAUAGCGAUCGUGGGCUGCCUGAGCCUUGCCGUCGAGAUCACCAAAAGCAAGUUCACCUCCAUGGAGGCGCUCGUGGAGUUUGCCCGGGAGCGGCUCGCGUACCUCGUGACGGCGCGCCCCACCGCUGUCAAUAUGAGCAGAGCGGCGACCGACAUUGGCGCGACGCUCUGCCAGCUGGUCGCUCUGCCUGGAGCCACGAUCGACAGCGUGGAGAAAGGACUCUUGGAGGCGAUAGAGGCCAUGAUGGCGAAGGAUCUGAGCGACAACAAGAGCCUCGGCAGAUUCGGGGCCGAGCACAUAAUGGCCAACAGCCAGAAGGACAAGGCCAUUGUCCUCACCCACUGCAACACGGGAUCGCUGGCCACGUCCGGCUAUGGGACAGCUCUCGGAGUUGUUCGCUCUCUGCACGAAUCCGGAUGGCUGGAGCGCGUGUACUGCACAGAAACACGGCCGUACAACCAGGGCUCGCGCCUCACGGCGUACGAGCUGGUGAGCGACGCCAUCCCCGGCACACUCAUCACCGACAGCAUGGCAGCAUUUGCCAUGAAGGAGCGGGGCAUCACAGCGGUGGUGGUGGGUGCGGACCGCGUGGCCGCCAACGGGGACACGGCCAACAAGGUGGGCACCUAUCAGCUGGCGGUGGUCGCAAAGCACCACGGCAUACCGUUCUACGUGGCGGCGCCCAGCACGUCGUGCGACCUGACGCUGGAGGACGGCAAGCGGAUCGUAAUCGAGGAGAGGCCGCACGCGGAGCUGACCGAGAUUAACGGGACUCGUGUUGCCUCUCCAGGAAUCGAUGUUUGGAAUCCGGCGUUUGACGUGACCCCUCAGGACUUGAUCACGGGGGGCAUCGUGACGGAGUUGGGGGUUUUCGAGCCGCGCAAGCUGAAGGAAGCUCUCCAGGCCAAAGAGAAAUAAACGAGAGCCGCCUUGUGCGGACAAGUGUCCAUCUGGGAAAACAAAUAAAAGCUGUCCCCAACAGAAAUAAUCCUGAGGCUCUCACGGGGUAUAGA